AUGCCUCGUCCUAAAGUACAUCCCGAUAAACGUGCACGAGCGGCUAGAGCUUGCAUCCGGUGCAAAAGCUCGAAGAAGCGUUGCGAUGCAAACCUUCCCUGUACGACCUGUGUCACGCAAGGCCGAACCAACUCAUUACUCGGGAAUCUUCACCUUGUCAACGCUCUACGAUGUUACGGAGCUCUCAAGGCGAGCAAGUCGAAUGGUAUUCUUCACCUUUUCUCACGAGAUGACACAUCGAGAUUGUUAAAUAUCAAAAUCAGUGCUACCACUUCAUCUUCAAGCUCCCGUUCCGAGCGGGAAGACCUCGCGUGCCUUUUUCUGAUGAUAGCAAUAGGAGCUCAAUCUCGAGGCAAAGAUUUGUUCGAGAUUCAACUUGCAAAAAAGUAUUUCGCGCAAGCUCAGCAAAUGGCAUUUCUCGAUAUGCUAGAGAAUCCUUCUCUAUCCAUGGUUAAGAUGUUUUUAUUGAUGGCCAUGUAUAUGCUUGGAGCUUGUCGUAGGAAUACGGCUUUCAUGUAUAUUGGUAUUGCCUCAAAAUCCGCAACCAUUCUUGGGCUGCACGUUCCAUAUCGGCAUUCUCGAGAAUCCUCCAAAGAGCGUGCUGCUAGGCGCCGUAUAUGGAUGAGCGUACGCGUUCUUGAUCUUUUAUGCAGCUCCAUUCUUGCGCGUCCCAGUAGUAUACCUUCUAUAGAAAGAGACGAGUAUGAAAUAGAUAGCUCAAACCGUGAAGAUAUGGACCAUCGGACACUGGCUCUUUAUGCAACCUAUGAAUCUUCUUCUAUCAUCGAAGCUAUCGUACAAAAGUUCACUAAGUCUAGCAGCGUGAACACCGAAUCGGCCGAUACUUUUCUGCAAAUGCUACGAGACUGGAGUCAAGCUCUACCUUCCGCACUUCGCCGCGUUCCGGACGUCACGUCUGGGGAGGAAUUUUGUGAGACUACAAUCGGCAAUAUCCAUGUUUCUUGCACAUAUUAUGUGGGCAUCAUGAUGGUAACGCGACAAUUUUUAAUUUCACAUGUCAUGUCUCAACUACGGAAGAAUAGCUCUAGCAAAUCUAAGAGAGCUGUCGAAGUACAGGAGAAGACUCCUGGCGAAAGAGAGAAAAUAUUUCAAUUUUCGGAUGCUUGCGUACAAUCUGCUCAUCUAUUGGUACAACUAUCUUACGAAGCGCAUCUUAUCAAUGUCCUUCUUGACAAUAUGUGUAUCCUUCAAGCAUGGCUUUUCUCCGCAGGACUCGUCCUUGGCUUCUCCCUCCUCGUAGGAGGCGAAGGCCCUGCUCAUAUUCGUGAAUCUUUUGAUCAUGCUUGCACUGUGCUCAAGAGGCUUGCACGAUUAAGUCCCCAAGCAGAUCAAUAUUUCGAUAUACUUUCUCGAUUCCAUACCGCGAUAGAAUUGUAUCGGCAACAAAUGCUAAAGGCACAAAAGGAGAACAGUAACGUAUACGUCGAGAAGCUUAUGAGUAUCGGGUCGUUCAACAAGGGAUCCAGCUCCAAUACUGAGUUCCAGUCGCAAUCUCAGCCUGUGGUCACGGGCGGCCAGGAAAUGUUAGGGGGAAUUGAAGCACAGGGAGAUUUGGCGGAAAUGUAUGCGACUGAUUUCUUUGGGAUUGAAAAUGAAAUCCAGAUAUGCGAUGCUCAGAUUGGGUAUGAUGCGGGAGUUGCGGCUGAUCUAAGGUGGCUGUGCUAUGCUGCUGGCCCUUCCUAA